CAAGCCUUCCUACCGCCACAUUCCGCGUUUCAUGCCAAUUCCUUCAACUUCAACACGUGGUACCAAACAUAAUUUUGAGCUGAGGCCACCUCCGCCCUUGGUAUCGUAAUGGCUUCGCAAUCGCCAUCUCGCGGCCGUUACAGGUCGCGCACGCGCUCACCUACUGCACGCUCUGAUCGUUCCCGUUCACCCCAGCGCCGCCAUCAUCACGACUCGCGAUCACCUGCCCGCUCCGCAUCACCUCAGCGCCGUAAUAGCCGUUACAGAUCUCGCAGCCGCAGUCGGAGCCGUAGUAAGAGUCGGAGUCGAAGCCGCAGUCGCAGUCGCAGUUGGAGCCGUGGGGCUCGCGAGCGCAACGACAGAGAUAGGAGUGCUUCCCCAGCCGCCAAGAGCACAAAGAUCGUAGUAGAGCGCCUAUCUAAAAACAUGAAUGAGCAACACCUUUAUGAGAUCUUUGGACAGUUUGGGCGCAUCAAGGAUCUUGAUCUUCCCAUCAACAGAACUUUUGGAACAAACCGUGGCACAGCAUACAUACUUUACGACUACGAGGACGAUGCCGAGGCCGCGAUAGCCCACAUGCAUGAGGCUCAGGUGGAUGGCUCCGCGAUCAAUGUGUCCAUAGUGCUUCCCCGUCGCAAACUUUCUCCUGCGCCUCCAACGGCUCGGCGUGGAGCCAACAUUGAUCCCAGAGUUCCGUUUGCAGGAGCGCGUGGGGGACCCCCUGGUGUGGGCAUGGGAGGAAAUAAUAGCAUGGGUGGUGGAGGUCGCCGUCGAGCAUCUCCAGGAAGUCGUUACGGACCCAGGUCUGAUGUGUAUCGUCCAGGAUCGCGUUCGCCUUCCAGAUCAUCGGCUGGCCCCCCUCCUUCCCGUGGUGGUGGUGGAAGCCGAUAUCGCAGUCGAUCCAACAACUCUUUUUCAUCUAGAUCACGCUCAAGAUCUCCAGGUCCCAGGCGAAAACCAGCCGGCCGCCACGAUGAUCACGAGACAAGACGACGCGGGAGCAUUGAUAGUCACGAAGGUCGAAGUCGAUCUCGCAGUCGAGGACGCGGUCCAAAAUGAUUCACGAGUUCAAGGUGUAAUUAAUUUGCUUCCAUUGGCGUUACGAAAGGAUAGGAAAAGGAACAGAAUAAAGAACGGCCCCAGGUUUUAAUUAGCUCUCGGAGACAAAUGUACGCAUAACCAU